CACAGGUAUAUAGCUAGCUAGCACCAUAGCGAGGUAGGCACAGGCGCGCAGAGAUCGCGCGCGCGCCCAACGAUCCAUGGCGGCCGGCGGCGUGUGGGUGUUCCGGAAGGACGGCGUGAUGGAGCUGGAGCGCAGCCCGACGGCGGCGUCGGGCCGGGGAAGCAAGGCGCUGGUGUACGUGCCGGCGAACGAGACGAUGCGGUCGCUGCCGGCGCUGGAGCGGCGGCUGCGGUCGCUCGGGUGGGAGCGCUACUACGAGGACCUCGCCGUCGUGCAGCUCCACCGGCGCGACGGCAGCGUCGACCUCAUCAGCCUCCCGCGCGACUUCGCCCGCCUGCGAUCCACCCACAUGUACGACGUGGUCGUCAAGAACCGAGGCCACUUCAAGGUCGUCGACAUCUAAACUGCUCCAAACCAUCCCUCCCUUGCGACCGAUGGAUAUGGAGUAGUAGUAGCGUUGUCGUGUGUAUCAUAAUGUUUCCUUUUUUCCUACGUCUGUGUGCUUACUAGCAAAGUGCGGGUCCUGUAGUAGUAUCUGUUCGAUCGAGAAUGGAAAGGCUGGGUUUGCCAAUUAAAGCCGUAUGUUGACAUCACACACAAGGUGAAGCUA